AUGUACCUCAUCACUGUGUUGGGAAACCUGCUCAUCAUUGUGGCCGUCAUCUCAGACCCCAACCUCCACACCCCCAUGUACUUCUUCCUCUCCAACCUGUCCUUUGUGGACAUCUGUUUCACCUCCACCACCAUCCCCAAGAUGCUGGUCAACAUUCAGACACAGAGAAAAGCCAUAACCUAUGAAGGAUGCAUCACCCAAGUGUAUUUUUUCAUUCUCUUUGGAUUAUUGGACAUCUUUCUCCUGACCGUGAUGGCCUACGACCGCUAUGUGGCCAUCUGCCACCCCCUGCACUACACGGUCAUCAUGCAUCCCCACCUGUGUGGCCUCUUGGUGCUGGUGUCCUGGAUCAUCAUUGUCUCCUUGUUUUAUUCCACAGUUCUAGGAGUGUACCUUAGUACUGCUGCUUCCCACGGCUCACACUCAAGUGCAAUAGCCUCGGUGAUGUACACUGUGGUCACACCCAUGGUGAACCCCUUCAUGUACAGUCUGAGGAACAAUGAUAUAAAGAAGGCCCUGAAAACAUUCUUUGAGAGGAAGCCACAAAAAUACUAA